AUGCAAAAAACAACAGCGAAAACGGAGCAAGAUUACCUGAAGAAUGUGGAACUCAGUGUUCAGCUGAAUCGUUGGAUACUGAAACCAAUAGCCGCGUGGCCGGAAUCGAGCAUCGUUUCGCCGGUCAAGAAAUACCUCGGCUGGUUCGUACACAUCAUCUGCUAUUCCCUGCUUAAUUUCCUCUUCGUCCCUUGCUUCAUGUACCUGAUCCUCGAAGUGAGUGACACCUACAACAGGAUCAAGUUGGUCGCGCCUCUCAGCUUUUUCAUCAUGUCGUACUCGAAGUACACUUUACUACUACUGCACAAGAAUGACGUCCUGAGGUGCGUGAAACAGAUCGAGUGGGACUGGAAGAACAUGAAGCACCUGGAGGAGAAGAGGAUCAUGGUGAUGAAUGCGAACUAUGCCCGAAAUCGCGCGCGGGAGGAUUGA